CCAUUUCCUUUCCACCCUUCUUCAGCUCUUCUUCUUCCCCAUUUCCGUUUUCCUCCUCUCUUCCCUAUUUCAGCUCUUCCAAGACCAGUGCAACCCUUCCCUCACAAGUACACGCAUAAACCCAUAUGCAUACAAAUCCAUAUCUAUAUGCAUAUGCUUCCGUUCGUAUCUGGAUGAAUGAAUGAAUCAUGGUUUUGGUUUUCUUCUUCACUUCAAAAUCAAACCUAACAGUAGGAGGAAGAAGAUGAACAGAGACCCUAGCAAGCAGAAACAUCUUCAAGCCCUUAACUUUUGGGUUGAUUCUGGUUUUUCUACCCAGAAUGCGAAACCCCUUUACGUAAUCCCACCACAACUUGCCUAACCCUUCCCGAUCUCCCCUACCAUGUCUCUGGAUUCUUCCCCUUCCUUUCCGAUUGCCCCUGACCCUCCCCAGAACGACACCCAUCAACCCCAGAACGAGGAAAACGCGGCAGAGAAAGUGGAUGCAGUAGCUGCAGCGCCGCCGCUUACUAGGAGCAAUCGACCGUCUCGGGCGUGUACACUCCGGGCUGCACAGAGGCUCCAGGCGCAGCAGCAGCAGGCUGCGGCUGAGCGGAGGCAGAAGCCUGUAAAGAAAGAGCAGAAGCAGCAGCGUGAGGGGGACCAGGAGCAGCAGGAUCAGAAUGAUGUGUCGUCGUCCCCACAGCAAUUUAGUGGCAGCACUAAGAUUGUCACGCCUCUGGUGGGGUCGCCGCCGCCCUCGCAGUUGCCGCGCUGGACUCUCCGCUCAAUGUGGGAAUUAGCUUCAGUACUUAAUUUCUUGCAUGUUUUCAGGCCUUUUUUGAAAAUACCAGUUGAGUUCUCUGCAGAAGAGUUCGAGACUGCAUUGAUCACUCCCAAUGAUACUUUGGGGAAUAUUCACAUACCUUUAUUAAAGGCAAUCCCUCCCAUUACUAGGAUGGCCCUUACACGAGAUACUUGGAUUACUGUACUAUGCAGAAAACUAAGAGACUGGUGGCAUUGGGUUGCAGAUGGGGAACUUCCUAUUGUUGCUUCACAUGGAACGGAGAUUGAAGUAUAUAAGUCACUUGAUCCUGGGGUUCGUGUCGUGAUUUUGAAAGCAUUAUGUGACAUUCGUGUUGAGCAAGAGGACAUCCGAAAUCACAUUGACGACUCACUUAAACAUAGCAUUCAACUUUCAGCCUUUCGAAAAGAGCGGGUUGGCGGUGAUUCACAUGGCAUUAAUUAUUGGUAUGAAGAUGAUCCAGCGGUUGGUCAUCGCUUAUACAGGGAAAUAAGGAAAGUUGAGUUGAGGAAAGCAAAGAUGAAGGGCUCUCAUGUCCCUCCUAGUACAACAUAUCUGUGGGAAACAGUUGCAACAAAUUUGGAAGAAUUCCAGGAUGUUUCUGAGAAGCUUUUUGCCAGUAAAAAUAGAACGGAGGUUUCAUUAGGGAAGAAGUUGAAGAAUGACAUGCUUCCUGAGAUUGAAAAGGAGCAUAAGAGGAAAGAGAGGUUGCUGAAAAAGCAGCAUAGACAAGCUCUGCUUCUUGAUAACUUUAUGAUGGUUGAUGGGCUUGGUCCAGGACGCUCUCUUCGAGACAGAAAGCCUGUCACAUACACUUUCGAUAAUUAUGAUAAUGCAAUCAAUGAGGCAAUCAAGAUAACCAAGCGGAAACCACCAUCCCCAGAGCCUGUCUCAAGAAGAGAAGUCAUCAAACCUGAAGCUUCUGCAAAUGGUAAAUGGGCUGAUCCUUCACAUGCCCCUGAGCAUGACAAUUCCAAUGCAAUGUCCUUCAAAUCACCAGAAGAUGAUGACACUGAUGAAUGGAAGACUGAAACAUUGGAUAGAAGCAACCGGCAGAGACGGAGGCCUCAACGCUAUUCAGUUAAGGAUUAUGUUGAAGCUGUUUCAGAUAUUGAGGCAGACUUUGACAGUGAUGAUGAUAUAGUUGGAGAGGCUGUAUAUGAUGAGGAAUAUCUGAGGAAACGGAAGCAGAGGAAAAGGCUUUCCAGUAGCUCUGAAGGAGAUGAGGAAUAUCUUUGGGAUGAAGAAAAUGGUGAAGAUGAGGAAGAAGAUGUUUCUUUAAGUGCUAGUGAGGAAAGUGAGGAGGCCCCAAAAUUCAAAAAGUUGCCAGGCCGUACUAGGAGGGAAACUAAAUUAAGGUCGGUUGAUGAGCUCCAGUCAGGUCUAAGACGUAGUAAAAGGGCUACCAGAAAUCGUAUUAAUUAUAGCCAAUAUGAUUUAUCAGAAUCUGAAACAGAGUCAAAGCCAGGGAAGUCGAAUGCUUCAGAUGAACGCUCACAAUCAGAUGUGAGUGAGAAUGAGGAGUAUUCCGAAGGAAGUCAAGAUUCUGAUGGCAAUGAAAAUGAAGAUGACCAAGAAAUGAAAGUUGAUCAGCAUGUUGAAGAAAACAACACUGAGACAGUAGAGAAAGAGCAAAGCCAGCCACUUGAGAGAUCAAGUAGUCCUGGUCAAGAUGAAGCAGAGGCUGUACAAAAUAGACGCUUCCUUGACCUGAAUGAGCUUGCCCCUGGUUCCGGUUUUGAUGAUGUUCCAAACAAUAUGACAAAAGAUAAUGAUAGAGAUGCUUUAUAAAGCUUUCCUCUCUUAUGCUGGAUGGCAAGGCUUAUAAUUUUCAGCUUGGAGAAACCUUCAUGUACGAUAGUAAAUUUUAUUAAUUUUGUAAUGAGCCUAUAGAGGAAGUUAUGGCCAGGGUUCCUCAAUUGGCUUUUUAUUCUACCUUGAUGCAAUUCAUUCAGGAUUUGCAGCGCGGAAGCGUCCAUGAGGAGAGCUAUGUAGAUUAGGCAGUGAUUUUUUAGCAUAUCUACAGUUAAAGAAACCUACAGCAGGUCAAUCUAAAUCUGGAGGCUGAAGUUCUUUAGCAUAUCUGAUUAAUGUACAAGUACCCUUAACUGGAUAUUGUAACUUCAAAAAGUUUGGCUUUUAGAUGUGAAGGCCUGUAGUUUAAUCUUUUCUUCUGCUUAUGCAUCUGGGUUGGUUGGGUUCCUUAGAUGUUAGAUUUUCUUUCAAAUUGUAAUGGAACCAUCCUCCCUCAACAGAGAUUUUAAGUGUUCCCCCUUCCAGAUUAUUGUUCUCUCAUUCUCUUUCGGCAUUACAGCUCUGUUGAAUCAAGAUGUCAUUACCAUAUGCUGUAUUUUUUUGUUAGUGUUCUUUGUUAUUUUUAUUAUUAUUAUAUAGCAAGUUAGCCUGUAGGUAUAAAGGUUUAAAUCCCUC